AUGUCGAAGGUUUCCUUUAAGAUGACGCUGAUGUUGGAAAUGCGGCUGCUGUACAAAGUACUCAGUGUUCCUGCAAGUACACCUUUUACAGCAGUCUUAAAGCUUGCAGCAGAAGAAUUUAAAGUUCCUGCUGCAACAAGUACAAUGAUUACCAAUGAUGGAAUAGGAAUAAAUCCUGCACAGACUGCUGGAAAUAUUCUUCUAAAACAUGAUGCGGAACUGCGGAUUAUUCCUAGAGAUCAUCUUGGAAGUUGUUAAUAUCUGCUACUUGGAACAUAUGAUUGCCUUUCAGAAUAAGGUAUUUUUUUGUGGUUGUAAAAUUGGAAUCAGACAUUUAACAUACUAUGACAACACCAAGAGUCAAUGAAUAAUGAAAAGUGAUGCAUCUGUCCCUUUUUGUUGUCUAUACUCUUCACAUGAAGAAGGAAUGCAUAUAAAUUAAGGGUACUACCGUCACAGGAAAUUAUACAGUCUUUGAUUGCUGCCUCAUAAUACAAACAGGUAGUUCACUGGGGAUAAAUGAAUUCCUCAGUUGUGUUAACUGGAAGCUUCUGAUAAUUUCAAAAGAACAAUUUGGAACAUUACAAUUUACUGAAUCUUACAUAUUCGUCUGAGUUAAAAAUAUGAAAAGAAUUAUGGAUCCUGGAUGGCAAUUUUCUGGAUAGCAGCUGAUAUGCAGACUCAUAGUUUGAUUUUUAAUUAAAUAUAUAGGUUAUGAUGAACUCAAUAGACCUAUCGGUGAACAGUUAAGUAUAUUAAAUUUUUAUCAUUUGCUUUUUUAAAUAUUCAGACCUCAUGUAUUAUAUAAAUUUCAAUUUAAUAUCAACCAAAAAAUUUAAAAUUUAAUCUAACCCUUAUGUGUAUAAUUGAUUUCCCAUACCGGGUUUUAAUGUUGAAUUUGCAUAAUCCAGUACUUGGAAUGGUGGGAAUUCACAAUACAGUAGAAGCAUCCUUUUCUGAGUUAUACAUUCC